GACCGCUCCAACAACAGACGAGACGACGAUAACCCGUUUCUGCUGCCUGCACCGAAACGACAGGUGCCUUGCCCGACUGAAUCGACACGAGUACGAAGAUUACGUACUUGCCACGAUUCCCCAGACCGAUCCCACCGGCAGCACGACUCAUUGCCUCUUCGCCGAUUCCCCUCUUCAACCAGCUCGAGAGAUCAACAGCCCAACAUGUCGACGAGGAAGAAGGUCCUCCUCAAGGUCAUCAUCCUUGGCGACAGCGGUGUCGGCAAGACGAGUCUGAUGAACCAAUAUGUCAACAAGAAGUUCAGCGCGAGCUACAAGGCGACCAUCGGCGCCGACUUUUUGACGAGGGAGGUCCUCGUCGAUGACCGACAGGUGACGAUGCAGCUUUGGGACACUGCCGGCCAGGAGCGCUUCCAGUCCCUGGGCGUGGCCUUCUACCGCGGUGCCGACUGCUGCGUGCUCGUGUACGACGUCAACAACUCCAAGAGCUUCGACGCCCUUGACAGCUGGAGGGACGAGUUCCUGAUCCAGGCCUCGCCGCGGGAUCCCGACAACUUCCCCUUUGUCGUUCUUGGCAACAAGAUUGAUGUCGAGGAGAGCAAGCGCGUGAUCUCGACCAAGCGCGCCAUGACGUUCUGCCAGUCCAAGGGUGGAAUCCCUUACUUCGAGACCAGUGCGAAGGAGGCCGUCAAUGUCGAGCAGGCUUUCGAGGUGAUCGCACGCAAUGCGCUGGCUCAGGAGGAGUCGGAGGAGUUCAGCGGCGACUUCCAGGACCCCAUCAACAUCCACAUUGGGGACGAUCGCGACGGCUGUGCCUGUUAAUGAGGCCGAGUUGGAGAGAGAGCAUGUCUGCAAAGCGACAUGGCUCGCAAGACAAGGUGCGGCACGGCAUGGCACACGACAGAGAGGCAGGGCACGGCAUGCCCACGAUAGUCGACUUCACAUGGCUCGAGGAGUACACAUUCUAGCACAGACAGUCUCGGGUUGCCGGCAUAUUAUUACUAUACCUUAGGCUUGAUGUAGCAUAUUCUGGCACUGGGUUUUCUGGGUGUUUUGCGGGGUUUUCGAAUAUCACACUGAUUCUUUGCGUC